AUGCUAGUGAAGAUGAAGACUUGCCUGAUCUUGCUACUGAAGCAGAUCAAGGUCUGCAGUUUAUUCAAAGCCGCAGAAAGGAAAGAGAUCCAUUUGGGUUGUAUGAUCAUGUCAUCAUGGACAGUGGGCAGCAGAGUUCUUGACGAAGAAGGUUUUCUAGGAAGAUUUCCACCUCCAGUUUAUCACGAUGAAGAUGGAAUUGCCAAUGUACUUGCUAUGCGCGAGAUGAUUGCUGUGGGAUACCGCAUUACUAUGGAUACUGAUGCUGACAAUGCUUUUAUUGUGCAUUGUGAUGGAAAACAAAAGACGUGA